AAUCGUCAUCGGAAGGGACGAAAGAAUCGCGUGUCGCGUUCGGUCCGCCAGUUGUCUGUUGUUUCAGUGGAUACAAAAGGGCUUUCCUGUGCCUCCUGGAGUGGCUGUGCGGUUGGCAGCCAAAGAAGAAAAAAGUCCGACUCCAACUAGCACGGUGCGGGCCAUUAUUGUGUAUCUGAUCAGUGGCCAGCAGCGAGAAGGAAAAUCGAUAUUUUCUUGAGCGCUUUCUUGUUCGGUUGAUAGUGCGUUGUGUUUUUAGAGGCCCUUUGUGACACUAUCCAAUAUCUGUUGUGGCUCUCGGAAGUGCAGGUGACUGCAGGAAGGUACAGUUUCAUUGGCUCAUUGUGCCACAAUCCGGGGGGAUGAGUUGGAACCGGACGGCAUAGAAGAAAGCUAAAAGUGAAGUGACCUUGGAUCAUGAUUUGUGAAAAAUUGUUUUGGGGGUCACCGCCGGUGGAGAGCAGCUGAAGACGUCUCUAAGUUGAAAAAAAUGUGCGAACUACCCACUUGCAGCGAGGAUUAAGUCUGUGUUCUAGGAAAAAUUGUUUUUCUUAAAGUGUUUACUGAAAGAAUAAUCCAUGCCGGGAUAAAAAUGAAAUAGAGGUGAAUAAACAACCUAAGCUGAAGUAAUGAUGAUUCCUACGUGUCAUUGGGUCUUAUCUUUCUUCGAUGGGCAUGAUGUGUCUAUCGGGUAGAAUGCAAUUGACCCUAAAUAAGUUAUGUGAAAUCGUACAGUAAAAGCACUAUUUUCUCAUAGUUCGAUGUGGGUGAAUGCAAAAGCCUCCCGAUGGUUAAUAAAGGUUGGACCUACUUUGGAUUAGGGCCAUAAGCUAAACGAUUCGACCGCGCAUCUGAAUCACGAAGGCAAAAGCAACGGUUCAAGAAUGGACAAACAACAACUCGCGUGACUAAGCGUGAAACAAAACGGAAAAUAGUGCACCGGUACGGGAAAAGUCGACAGGAAAGCAUUCCUGCUGGCCCGUCUGCCCGUUUGGGUGGUGUACUGGCGGCGGUUACGGUAUGAAGCGCAUUAGCAAUCUACGGCGUGGUCUGGGAAUUCAAAGAACCUCAAGCCGGCACGUUGUCCACCUUCGUCGGUAAAAAUAAAGCAUAAUCACGAAAGUUAUACAACCAACCCAGCCAACAUAUACGCUACUACAAGACUGAAAAAAGGCCGUUUGGACGACGACAACGCCCGGAACGGAAAUGGAACUCAUGCUAAGGAAUAUAAUCAUAUCGCUUCUGAUCUUCGUCUUCGGUCUGGCGAAAGAUAUCUGCUUCUGUUUGCGACUGACGGAAGUCCGGAUUCCGAACCACGUGGCCAAAAACAGCACCGUCCAGCUCGAAUGUCACUUUGACCUGAACGGCGAGGCGCUGUACUCCGUCAAAUGGUACAAAGACGGCAACGAAUUCUACAGAUAUGUUCCUAGAGAUAAUCCACCAGCCCAGCUCUUCCUCCUGACGGGGGUGUCAGUCGAUCUACUAAAUUCAACUGCAAAUCAGAUAGUCCUAAAUAACGUGACGCUGGCGUCGUCCGGGCGAUAUCGCUGCGAGGUGUCGGCGGAGGCACCCUCCUUCCAGACCGUCUCCAGCCACGGCGAUAUGGUGGUGGUCGCGCUGCCGGACACGGAUCCAAAAAUCACCGGCGGGAGGCCUCGCUAUCAAAUCGGUGACAUCGUCCGGGUCAACUGCACCUCGGGCCGGUCCAAGCCGGCAGCCAAGCUGACAUGGUUCAUCAAUGGCGAGGUGGCCGAGCCCAGCAUUGUACGCCGUUACGACACUGUGAUAACCGGGAGAGAAGGCCUAGAGACUACCAUUUUAGGAUUAGAGUUUCGAGUGAGGCUGCGGCAUUUCAAACGCGGUGAUAUGAAGCUGAAAUGCGUCGCAACGAUAGCACAUGUAUACUGGAAGAGCAACGAGGAGAGCGUGGAGGGUGACAAACAACCAAAACCACCGGCGCUCGAGUCGAAAGAGACGCUGCAUCCGAACGGUUCCCGGGCGGACCGGCAAGAAAGCAACUCCAGCUCGAGCAACCAUCGGCGGAGAUUUAUGGCUCAAGUGGCUACAAAUGUGCUGCUGUCGGCUGUGGUGCUGCUCAACUCGUUAUCCUCGGUGUCGCCGACGGUUCUGCCAAGGUCCUUCUCGAUCCGGCCGAGAUAACUCCAUGGUGCUCCCCAUCGCAACGGUUACAACUACCACUACUACUGGCAGCACUAAACUAUCACAAACGGAGAUAUAUCUCGCACACUGGCGAAUCACGUAUCUUAGUGGCUUUUAUAUUACGUUUUAGAUUUUAAUGAAGAAGCAACGACUCGUCCUCGACCUCGACACACCCCCAAUCCAGUUCCUUCCCCCCAGAAAGAGUACUUUUUAGAUUAAAUUGAAUGCCAAAGAUAUAAAAAAGGAAGCUGUAAAUUUCGUGAGAUUACCACAAGGAGAGCCAAUACGGGGAUAACCAGCAGCGGCAACUCGUUACAGAUCCUUCCGAUGCUGCAAAAAGGAGAAGAGCGAGAUGGCAGCAAAUGCAUCAAUCUGUAAAAUAUUACCUUGUAAAUAUGUGUAAAAUUUGUUUCAAAGUUUUAUCGAUAGAUCCGAGCAAAUGCAGAUUAGCAGAAAUACUAACUUGGCAGGCCACUUGAGGAAAUUUAUCUUGAGUUGCUAUUAUAGGGAAAAUAUUAGGCAAACCAACACAAGGAAACAAUACAAGGUUGAUAACAUCGAUCAUUCAUGCGGUCUCGCAACUAGAUACAUGUCAAUUUUGAGAAAAAAGGCCGUUACAAUGUGGAAGCUGAAACGUGUUUCUAUUAAAAAAAUCAGUAUUACUCAUCGUUGAACUAAUCUAAUACACAUAAAAACAACUGAAACAAAAUAAAUCGUCAUAUCAGGUGGAAUACGCGUAAGGACACACAAACGUAAGAAAUCACUUUUACUACUUAUUUAUGUGACAAAAAAUUUCGCUCUUAAACUUUAAAUCAUAUUUAUGGAAGAAGAACGUGACUCAAAGCUGUCUAUCGGAAAUUCAAUGUAAUUUUUGAAGAAGGAAAUCAAAUUUUCUCGUUUCGAUAUAUUUUGAAAAAAAAAAAACUCUGCCCCCGACAAUGCAUACGAAUCAGUAUUAAAACUUUCCGUGAGAAAUGAUGAAGAAGCAGAAUGUAACCGUCAUAUCAAACGAUACAAAAACACCCAUUUACAACUUCCCCAGUUGAAGUAUCCGGAAAACUGCCCUCCACAAAUAGACUCUAGUUGAUAAGAACGAUGAAUCAUUUCCCACACGUUUGCUUCCUUCCCCGUGUCCACGUACGAAAAUGAGCGGAUGCGUACGUUACAGAAUCAGAAAGGAAAUUUCCCGGAAUUGAAUGUGAUUUUAAAACGAAAAUCGUCAUGAAGAAAAAACGGCGGUUAUGAUUUUUAAGCAAGUUUUUGUUAAAGGUCACUGUACGUGGGAAUCAUCCACAAAAUAUCAAAUGCACAGUGGAUGGUUUCUGCUUUUUCUGUUUGCAUGACAGUGAAGAGGAGAAGUUUAGCAAAGCAAAGUUUCAAAAACAUGUUUAUUGUUAUGAGCAAGGCUGAAGGCGAUGCAUGGCGCAAGAUGUUGGUUCAAGUUUUUCGAAAUCCUAUUGAAAUGCAGAAUAUGGUUAGGUGCAAGCGUACGAUUGAUAAACGGAUUGAUUGUAACUGUAAAUAAUUUUCAUAAAAAUCAGAUACGAUUUAGUCUAUUUUAAUAAAUGUAUAAAUUCAAGAAUCUUUCA